AUAUACAUCAAUUUUGUGUUAACGAAAUGACGUCAAAUAUGUGUUUCUUUUUUGGAUUUGUAUACGCCAGUAUCUCUUGUUCACGCUGAUUUUUAUAGUUUAUGAUCAGGAGACUUCGUGUAUGGUGCUAUCACUAAAGGUAUGAGUCCUUUUCAUACGGUCAUUGGAGUUUGUGCGCUCAUCCUACUGGAUGCAGAAUUCAGCAUAGGUCAAGCAAAUACAAGCACGCUGUCCAUGUCAUGUGAGGAGAAUGGAAAACCAAAAGGAAGCGCAGUUCUAACUUGUAAAGUAACCGCGGGUGACCUUAAAGUAGGUUUUUACAUAUACCGGCCGGGAGAGGACCAACAAUCCGUAGUCCAGUGCCAGCUCAAUUCCAGUUCUUGUUCCGUGAAUGAAACUGGCUACACUGCCAGUGCAACUUCUUCACAGGUCACUCUCACAAUAGAGUCGUUCAACCCGGAAACCGAUGCUGGAGAAUGGACGUGUCGUGAUGGACCCACUGGUAAAACCACUGGUGAAACGUAUUCUACGUGUACAAAGUCUGCAAUAGGGGCGAAAAAGGCAGUGACGCUGUCCAUGUCUUGUAAGGACGAUGGGAAACCAGGAAAAAGAACAGUGGUAGCUUGUGGAGUAGCAGGUGACCUUGAAGACAGUGUUUACGUAUACCGGCCGGGAAAGGAACAAGAAUUCGUAGUCCAUUGCGAAUCUAAUCUCGAUACAUGUCUCCAGGAUGUACCUGGCUACACUGUCGAUGCUUCUUCUGGACAGGUCCUUGUCACCAUAGAGUCGUUCAACCGGACAGUGGAUGCUGGAGAAUGGACGUGUCAGUAUGGAUCCACUGGUGAAGAGCAAUCUACGUGUACAAAAUCUACUAUAGAUGCAGUAAAUAUAAAAAUGGACUGUAUGGAAGGUGGAAAACCAGGAAGAAAUACAGAGGUGGUUUGUAAGGUUACCGGCGACAUUCAAAACGGUAUUUACUUAUACCGACCAGGAAAAAAAGAUCCUGUAGUUCAUUGUGACUAUGACCUGACUUCAUGUGAUCAGGAUGUAGCUAAAUACAGUGGUAUUCCGUCUCCCGGGCAGGUCACUCUCACAAUAGAGUCGUUCAACCCGGAAACAGAUGCUGGAGAAUGGAUGUGUCGUGAUGGACCCACUGGUGAAAAGUAUUCUACAUGUAUAAAAUCUACAAUAGGUCCAGCAAGUACAAGCAUGGACUGUGUGGAAGGUGGAAAACCAGGAAGAAAAACAGAUGUUGUUUGUAAGGUUACCGGCGACAUUCGAAACGGUAUUUACUUCUUCCGACCAGGAUAUGAUGAUCAUCCCGUAGUUCAUUGUGACCAUGACCUGACUUCAUGUGAUCAGGAUGUAGCUAACUACAGUGGUAUACCGUCUCCUGGACAGGUCACUCUCACAAUAGAGUCGUUCAACCCGGAAACAGAUGAUGGAGAAUGGAUAUGUUGUGAUGGACCCACUGGUGAAACGUAUUCUAUGUGUACAAAAUCUACAAUAGGUCCAGCAGAUACAAGCAUGGAUUGUAAUGAAGAUGGAAAACCAGGAAGAAAAACAUAUGUGAUUUGUAAGGUGAACAGCGACAUUCGAGACGGUAUUUACUUAUACCGACCAGGAAAUGAUAAAGAUCCCGUAGUUCACUGUGACUAUGACCUGACUUCAUGUGAUCAGGAUGUGGCUAACUACAAUGGUAUUCCGUCCUAUAGACAGAUCAUUCUUUCCAUAGAGUCGUUCAACCGGACAGUGGAUGCUGGAGAGUGGAUGUGUCGUGAUGGACUCACUGGAGAGACUGGUUCCACUUGUAUGAAAAGACAGGAUCCAGCGCGUACAUCCAUGGACUGUAUGGAAGUUGGACGACGUGGUCAUUUCAGCACAGAUAUAGUCUGCACCAUAGAGGGCGAUGUAGUAGACAGUAUUGGCAUAUACCGACCGACAGUGGGCAAGGAAAUGACGCUGGUCGUAGAGUGCGACCGUCAUCUCAAGAAGUGUGAUCAGCAUGUGACCAACUACACUGGUUACCUCGUGGGAAGGUCAUCGUCCUAG